AUGAUUACAAAACUCGACAGUGUGCUUUUGCCUCAGAAAAAGUUCAUCUACCACUACAAGAACAUGCGCUGGGCAAAGGGCCGCCAUGAAACCUACUUGUGCUUUGUUGUGAAGAGGCGAGUGGGGCCAGACUCCAUGACUUUUGACUUUGGACACCUUCGCAAUCGAAAUGGCUGCCAUGUAGAGCUGCUGUUUCUGCGCUACCUGGGUGCCUUGUGCCCUGGAGUCUGGGGUAGUGGAGAGGCAGGCCAGAGGAGGCUCAGCUACUCCAUCACUUGGUUCUGCUCCUGGUCUCCCUGCGCAAAUUGCUCCGUCACUCUGUCCCAGUUCCUGAGUCAGAUGCCCAACCUUCGGCUCAGGAUCUUCGUGGCCCGCCUCUACUUCUGUGAUAUGGAGGACAGCCGUGAGAGGGAGGGCCUACGGCUGCUGCAGAAAACAGGAGUCCAAGUCACAGUCAUGAGUUACAAAGACUACUACUACUGCUGGCAGACAUUUGUGGAUCGCAAGAAAAGCACCUUCAAGGCCUGGGAAGGCCUGCAUCAGAACUCGGUCAGACUGUCCAGGAAACUCAAUCGCAUCCUCCAGCCUUAUGAUAUAGAUUUAAGGGACGCCUUCAAGCUUCUUGGACUGUGA